AAAUGUUACAAAACCAAUUGGUUCUCUCCAAUACUCUUCCCUUCCUUCCUUGCCAAAAAUGGCGUGCAACUCAGGAAACUGCCAGUCCGGUUGUUACAAAGAUUCCUCCAUUGAAACACAAGAAUCAGAAAAAAAUAAAGCUCUAAACGACAUCGUCAAAGAUAGAAGAAGCACCGAACACUUGGAUAAUUCCACGUGUCUUAAAUGUAAGGUUAACAGAACAAUCGCCGCCGUUAACGGCGUUGGUGGUGAUUUUAACGGAGGAGAUAACGGAAGGUUCUGUGCAGAUUGCUUUCGUAGUAAUCUAUUUGGCAAGUUUAGAUUAGCUGUAACAGCUAAUGCUAUGAUUUCGCCGUUAGAUAACGUACUUGUUGCCUUUUCUGGCGGUACUUGUUCCAGGGUGGCUCUGCAGUUUAUACAUGAGAUGCAAAGCAGAGCUCAGAAGAACUAUGAUGCCAGUAGAGAUAGAGCGUUACCAGUUUUUGGUGUUGGGGUUGCCUUUAUUGAUGAAACAGCCAUUUCUGCUGUCUCAUCUGAUGAUCUUCAUAGAGCUAUUGAGCAGAUGAAACUUAUUGUGUCAGAUUUGGCUCCACCUGUGAAACAAUUCCAUGUAGUCCCAACAGAGGCUAUUUAUUCGCUUAAAGCUGGUGAUGGAAAAGAUAGACUGAAUGAAUUAAUAAACGCUGUUAGUGAUGUCACAGGAAAAGAAGAUCUGUUGGAGCAUUUUCGCAUGCUCUCGCUGCAAAAGAUAGCUAUCGAGAAUGGAUAUACCAAAGUUCUGCUAGGAACGGGUACAUCAAGAAUAGCUUGUCAUGUACUUGAAGCAACUGUCAAGGGCAGAGGUUACUCUUUAGCUGCUGAUAUCCAGUAUGUCGAUGCAAGGUGGAAGAUACCUGUGGUUCUUCCCCUCCGUGAUUGUCCUAUUCAUGAGUUGAACAUGCUUUGCAGCCUUGACAGUUUGAUGACUGCAGAAGUUUUUAAUGGAACACGUGCUGGUAUCAAUGGCUUGAUUUCCUCCUUUGUAAAAUUGUUGCAGGAGGAAAACCCUUCACGGGAAAGCACAAUUAUGAGAACAGCUGGAAAGCUGACACCUUUUCAUUUCAAUAGAAUGCCGGAGGACAAUGACUAUAAUGGUGAGGUGGCAUCUCGAAGGAGGCAAAAGAAAUACAACCUGAAAACUAAAGAUGCCCUUCCUCCUGAGUCAUUCUGUCCUAUUUGCAACAGUCCUCUAAAAAUAUCCACCUUUGAAACGUCGAUUAAUUUUGACAAUGGAAAAACUAGUUCUAAUGCGAUUGGGGCUGCAUGCUGUGCAAGUUGUCAGUUUCAGGUUCUUCCCAAGGACCCGUCAUCUCUGGAGCACUUCAUUUCUCUCUUGCCACCAUCAAUGGUUUCCCAAGCAGAGGAUGGUGAUCGUCUAAGUCAGAAGCAGCUAAGGGAGCAAAUAGAAGACUGCUUGCUUUCGGACAACGAAGAUGGAACAUGAUCCAGCUGAUUAGUUUUGCAAAACAUUCAACUGCUUGCUGCAUUGAUAUGCAAAUCUGUUAUGGCCACAAUGUACGAGUCAGCUAAACAUAGUUUGUCACUAGUGCCUGUGAGCAGCAGGGUGAAAUGGGAAGAUGCAGUUUAGUGUCUUGAUAUUGUGCGGCAGAAGUUCCUAUUUCUCAAUACACUAUGUUAUGGCUGUUGUCUGGGGCACAAUGAUACAGAAAAGUUAUCUGCUGUCAGAUUCUGUUUGGUUGUUCAAUCUGUUUUGCAAGUGUGGUACAAUGUUACAGAAAAGUUGAAUACUCCCAUGUUCUUUGUCCAACUUCUGUAACGUUUUCAAUUUCGGCUCUCUUUUCAGUCAUUCAAUAUAAGAAUUCAGUUAAUGAAACACAAA